AUGUCCGUGUGUUUCUUUGUGCCAGCUGACCAAGCCGGUACAUCAGCUGGUUCUGAGGAGACGGAAGUCGAUGGAGCAGAGGACGUACCUCCUGAGAACAUCCAAAGUACACUCCAAGUGUUUUGGAACAAGGUCAAUGAGGAUAUGAAGAAGAUUAACUCCGAGGAUUUUAAAACUCAAGUCCUGCCUCUCGCUCGCAUUAAGAAGAUCAUGAAAUUGGAUGAAGAGGUUAAGAUGAUAUCGGCUGAAGCCCCGGUUUUGUUCGCGAAGGCUGCUGAGAUAUUUAUACACGAACUGACAUUACGAGCGUGGUCACACACUGAAGAUAAUAAGAGGAGGACGCUACAGCGUAACGACAUAGCCAUGGCUAUAUCCAAGUCCGAUCAGUUCGACUUCCUCAUAGACAUCGUUCCUCGACACGAGGUGAAGCCUGCUCCGGCCAGGAGAGACGAACCCAGACAUGAAACGGUACAACAGCCUCAUCAAACGCCGAUAACACAACCACAAUUCGUUAUUCAGCCGACGGCGCAAAUAGUACAGCAGCAACAGCAAUCCAGCAGCACAUCAUCAGCACAGCCCGUAUUACUGCAGCAGGUGAUGACUGGCUCCGGGGAAGUGCAGCCAUUACCGAUUCAACUGACCCAAGCCCAGUUGAACAUGAUUCGUCUCCAGGUACAAAAUAACCCCAACCAACCAAUCAUCAUUCAAGCACAGCCACAACCUCAGCAGUCACCGCAAAUCAUACAGGUGUCAUCCCAGGCUCCACAUCAGCCGCACCAAAUAUUCCUUACACAAGUCGCGUCCGGUCAAGACGAAUCUUAG